AUGGAUAACGCUUCGGCUCCACUCGCCGACUACUUCUGGAUUGCAGGCAUUCAACACAUUUCUUACCAGGACUUUCCCACCCUAAUCCCACAAACCCACGUGGAGACAACUAUAGAAGAAGAUGGCGAGCCUGAAGAGGAGGAACAGGAGGCGCUGAAUCGCGACUCAAUUAUUAGCACGCCCUCCAAAGGCGCUGCCCGUCAUUCCCGCCAAAACUCCGGCAACCGACUGUCGAGGGCAUCGCUCAAGACUCUGGAAGAGAAUGAUGGUAACACGGUCAGUAACAGAAGCAGUGCCACCAUCCGGGUUGGCUCGCCUCCUCCUAGCGGCAAUGGCAAUGCGACGCUCCUGGAAGGCAUGCCUGCCUUCCUGGCCGAUUUCGAUUUUGACGAGGCACUCUUUAAGUUUGCAGCCGAGAGGGAACAUUUUUUGGAAGACCUGAGUUUCUCAGCAGGUGCCAAGACGCAGGCCAGACCGCCGAUGGUCAACCCAAGAACCGAGAGAAUCAAGGCAGACGAAUCAAGUGGUAGAAUGAGCCCUCUGAAGAGUCUGCGAGGCAGUAUCAGGGGCAGCAUAAGGCGCAAGAUCAGCUUCAAGGACAUGAACAGCGUACGGAAACAGCCAACACCUGCAAAAGCCGCUUCGGUUCGUACGUCUAAGAGACUAAGCAACUACAAUGCUGUCAUUCCACCUCCCGAACCUCUCAAUCUGGACCCAGACAUGCACCCGCUGAAGCGACGCUUCGAGCCCGAAUUGCUGGACCGAUACCCACCACGGAAUGCAAACGAAGAUCUGGCCAAGCGGGGACGUUUCCCGGACUACGUGCCCAUGUUCGCCUUUCCCAACGACAUCCAGAUAGUAUCCUCAGACGACCGGCCCAGAUCUACAUGGCACGGCUUUACCAUGACUUCUGAUGACAACUCUAAGAUAUAUGGCAUUACGGUCAUAGUUUGGACCGCCGUGGCUGCGGAUGUUGCCGAGGAUAUAGAACACAGAUGUGAACGAUGGAGACAGAGCCACAUGAGUGGCGAGGAAAGAGAACUGGCUGCAAGUCUUGGCUCAAGACUUGCUGCAGAAAGAGCACACCUGUCGCAACUGCUCGCUAAACUGCCCACCGUACCCUCUGGCUCUACCGCACGAGAGAGACUGGAUGACCAGAUCAGCACUGUGGAGGAAAAAAUCACCCUCAUGACUGAAAUGUUGAGGCCUUUGAGGCAUGGAGCAGCAUCUAAGAUUGAUGGACUGACAGCUGGUGAAAGUGGACUUUGGAUCCCGCGGGCAUUUGGUGUUCUUGGAAGAGAUGCCACCCGCAUCACCUUCUGGAAAGACUGGUUGAGAGCUGUGGUAGUGCCCAUGUCCGACGGGAGUAUUCUGCGUGUUCCACCUACCUCUCCCAGGAUAGGACGUUGGCAGCCUCUCGAGCGAUAUGUCGUCAACCUCUGCGCAGAGGCGCCCAGCCCACUCAGCUCCAAAACACAGGUCGAGAUUAGUGUCCGGGAGCUGCGUCUAUAUGCUCGGAAGGAAGCUGAGAAUGAGCUGCCCGGAUCUAGAAACGUCGACUUGUAUGCUCUAUUCCGGUCUUUGUCGCUGGAAAACGUGGUCGCUCUUUUUGAGUACGCUCUUUCGGAAUCGCGAAUCAUUUUCUUGUCCUCACAUACCGCCAUGUUGCACCUGGCCUGCCAUGCUCUUGCCAACCUUCUUUACCCCCUGAAAUGGGCCAGCAUAUUCAUUCCCAUCCUCCCGGCAAGGUUACUGUCGGCUCUGGACGCGCCUUGCCCUUACAUUGUCGGAAUUGAGAGAAGAUACGAGAAUCUUGUGUUGCCUGACGAUGACUACGUCCUGGUCGACCUCGACAGGGAUACUAUUGAUGCAACGUCGCAGCCUCAUCGCCUGCCCAAGCAACACCGCCGCAAAUUGAUGUCACUCCUGCAAGUAGCUGCUCCUCACGCUCUGCGUUUUGGUGUCACCGCUGGACCUCCUCCCUAUGCGAUCGAGUCCUUCCCAUACGACUCCUUCUCGGCCGAAUUCUCCUCUGUAUUCACAGAAAAGACGAGCUCAAGCUCAUUGGGCAAAUGGGUGGCCCAAAACUCUUCAACUUUUGGUGAGCCCGAUAUAAUUGGCGUGCCACCUGCUCCCAUCUUCAACACCUUCUCGCACGCAAAGCCCGGCACUGCAGACCGUCCUACUACAAGCAAGUCAAACAAGACUAGCCCGCCCAACUCCCUAUCCCCAAGCUCCGUCCAUUUCCCGCCAAUGCCUGGAACACCCAUCUCCCGGAGUGAUUCCGGCUACGCUUUAAACGCCACCUUGCGUGAGAAGCGCUCUGGCACGUUUGACAAGGAGAGAAGGAGUUCCUCCUUUGGACAACAACCCAGUUUCAACCGACCCAAUGCACCUUUCUUGAACGGACAUCAGGCAAAUAUGUCACUGUCGGCCAUUUCUAUAGAUUCGAAAUCGUCUUAUGGUGGCUAUGCCCCUUCGACCUAUGCUCAAUCAACCUUGGCAGCAUCAACCAUAAUGCCAAACAUGCUGAUUCAGCCAGUCAAGAACACUGAAUCGACGGUGUGGGUUGAGGGCCAUAACUUCAACUUUGCCAGCAAUGAUCAUGUAUCGAUCUGUUCCGUCUGUGAUGAGCGUGCUGAGGGUGAUGGCAUUUAUAAGUGUUCUGGCUGCUCAUCGGUCUCUCAUGGACGUUGCCUGGGAUGUGUCUGCUUGGUCUGCCCCGUCGCCUUCAGUGCCGACAAGGUCCGUGCUAGCUUUGUCCGCUGCCUCGCCAGUAUGUUCUACACCUAUCGAAGAUAUAUGGGACGGCCAUCAAAGGAUCAAAAGAAGGCUGGGCAAAUGUAUGCCUUUGACAUGAAUGGUUUCAUUAAAAGCUUGCCAUACGAUCAGCAAGAUUACGUGAACAUGCUGAAGGAGACGCAAGCAUUUAACGAGUUCAUUCAUGAACGAGAGACGCAGCCAGGCUCUACGCCUGCUAUACGCCUGUUCGAUGAGAUCAUCCUCGCAAAGAAAGCUCGUGGUAAGACAGGCCUGUCUGGCCUGUCCAGGCUGUCUACGAUUAGAGCGUCUCAUGGAGUUUCGCAAUCUAUGCCGGGCAUCCAGAUACCCUCAAAGCCGGGCAAGUCGCAGGGCUGGUUGAACGACACAGAAGACCACCUAUGGAGGACGGCAUCAGUGCCGGUACCCAACGCAAAGUUUCCAGGCGACUAUCACGAAGUCGUCACACGAGUACCUGUCAAGUUUGACAGCUCUUUGAUGAAGGAGCCCCGUGCCAUAGCAGGAGUUCCACGGGCAGAGCCACGCAAGAAGGGAUUUUUGCGGAAACAAGUUCCUAGCAUGAUGCUUGGUUCGACACCGAUAUCUCCCGUCUCGCCUGAUGGCUCUGGCUAA